AUGAGGCUGCCCCGCUGUACAGCUCCUGACCCCCCCAGCAUGCAGAGUCCAGGACCCCAUCCAGGUGCCCAAAUCAGCACGUGGCAGCGUGUCUCCACCCUCUGCCCCUGUUCUUGGUAUGCUGGCCCUCCAGGGAGCACCAGCCUGAGUGCCACUCCCUCCCAAAGGCAUCGCCUGGCGCCUCUCAAUUCUGAAAACUCUGAUUUCAGUGUGACGUUUUGUCUGAACAAGUCUAUUACGGAAGCAUUGCAUAUGGCAGUAAAGGACUGGAAACACUCACAUCUAACAACUGAGGUUGGUUAA